GAGGAGGGUGAGGAGUCGGAGUUCGCUCGAGACAACAGGAAACCAAUGAUACCCAUAUGCCCUGUGGUCUCCUUCACCUACGUGCCCGGCCGGCUCGGUGAAGAUGCCAAAAUGGCCACCGGCAACUACUUCGGGUUCGGCCACGGCGCUGCUGCUCAGUACAGUCAACAGCCGACCGCCGGGGUGGCCUACACCCAUCCCACCACGGUGGCCAGCUACACUGUGCACCAGGCACCGGUAGCUGCUCAUACUGUUGCUGCAGCCUACGCUCCCACUGCAGCCGCAGUUGCCGUGGCACGGCCUGCUCCUGUGGCCGUGGCCCCGGCUGCUACCGCCGCCGCCUAUGGAAGCUUCCAGCCAGCCCAUGCUGCUGCAGAUUUUGGCUAUGCCCAGAGGCAGCCGGAAGUUCCUCCUCCACCCCCACCAGUGACCUCACAGAACUACCAGGACUCGUAUUCGUACGUGCGCUCCACUGCCCCAGCCGUAGCUUACGACAGUAAACAGUACUACCAGCAGCCUGCAGCUCCAGCGGCAGUGGUGGCAGCUGCACAACCUCAACCCACUGUGGCAGAAUCCUACUUUCAGACAGCUCCUAAGACUGGAUACAGCCAGGGGGCCACACCAUACACCCAGGCCCAGCAGACUCGACAGGUCACUGCCAUAAAGCCAGCAGCCCCAAGCCCGGCCACAUCGACCUUCUCUAUCUAUCCGGUGUCCUCCACAGUGCAACCUGUGGCGGCAGCAGCAGCAGCAGCCUCAGUGGUUCCUUCCUACUCACAGAGCCCCACCUACAGCACGAACGCCAUCACAUACUCUGGCACAUCGUACUCUGGUUACGAAGCAGCUGUGUACUCGGCUGCCUCGUCCUACUACCAGCAGCAGCAGCAGCAGCAGCAACAACAGCAACAACAGCAGCAGCAGCAGCAACAGCAGCAGCAACAACAGCAACAACAACAGAAGCAGGCAGUCGCAGCUGUUACAGCGACUGCAGCCUGGACUGGGAGCACCUUCGCCAAGAAGACCCCUUUCCCCAGCAAACAGCUGAAGCCGAAGCAGCCCCCCAAACCCCCACAGAUUCACUACUGCGAUGUGUGCAAGAUAAGCUGUGCGGGGCCUCAGACAUACAAAGAGCAUCUGGAGGGUCAGAAGCACAAGAAGAAAGAGGCAGCACUGAAGGCAUCUCAGGCAGGGAGCAGUGGAGGGACAGGUCCAGCUCGAGGAGCACAGAACCAGCUGCGCUGUGAGCUCUGCGAUGUGUCCUGCACAGGCGCCGAUGCUUACUCUGCGCACAUCCGUGGGGCCAAACACCAGAAGGUGGUAAAACUACACACCAAACUGGGGAAGCCCAUCCCCUCCACAGAGCCCAGUGUGGCCACCCAGACCACUGCAGUGACUGUGACAGCCCCAAUACGGACCCCUGCCUCAGCAACAGGUGGAAUAGCAACGUCCACCCCUGCUCCCACCUCCAGCUCUUCUUCCUCUUCCACUUUCUCCCCUUACCUGAAACCUGUGAACAUUGUCGGCAAUGCUGGUUCAGCGACAGUCCCCACAAAAAGUCCUCUGGUUGUCCCUACCAGUGCCACAGCUGUGAAGAAGGUCAAUGCACCCAAGAUCAACUUUGUUGGUGGCUGCAAGCUACAGACCACUGGCAUAAAGGCAGAGGACAUCAAGGCCGAGGCAUCGAAGCAGGUGCAGCCCCCGGCAGCUGCGCAGGAGGUUAAGGCCGAUCCCUUGGAGCAGGCAGCUGCGCAGUCCGCACUCGCCGCCCUGCAGAGCGACGUGCAACCGGUGGGCCAUGACUAUGUGGAGGAGGUCCGAAACGAUGAAGGCAAAGUGAUCCGGUUUCACUGCAAGCUGUGUGAAUGCAGCUUCAAUGAUCCCAACGCAAAAGAGAUGCAUCUGAAGGGUAGGAGACAUCGGCUGCAGUACAAGAAAAAAGUGAAUCCAGACCUCCAAGUGGAGGUCAAGCCCAGCAUCCGAGCACGUAAGAUCCAGGAGGAGAAGAUGAGGAAGCAGAUGCAGAAGGAGGAGUACUGGAGGCGGCGGGAGGAGGAAGAGCGCUGGAGGAUGGAGAUGAGGAGGUAUGAGGAGGACAUGUAUUGGAGACGCAUGGAGGAGGAACACCACUGGGAGGAACGCCGCAGGGUGCCAGAUGGGGGGUAUCCGCAGGGCCCCCCUGGACCUCCAGGAUUGCUUGGGGUCCGGCCCGGUCUACCCCUUCCUCAACCUCAGGGAUCUGUGCCUCUCCGUCGACCUGAUUCCUCUGACGAUCGAUACGUGAUGACCAAACACGCCACCAUCUACCCUACAGAGGAGGAACUCCAAGCCAUCCAGAAGAUUGUGUCCAUCACAGAGCGUGCACUGAAACUGGUGUCAGACAUAAUCUCCGACCAGGAGAACAAUGCGGAUGGAGAAAAGGACCAGAAGGAUCUCCCGAGAGACAGGGCUCUGAAGGGCGUGAUGCGGGUUGGCGUGCUGGCCAAGGGGCUGCUGCUCCGGGGAGACAAGAACGUCAGCCUAGUGCUCCUCUGCUCCGAGAGACCUCGUAAGGACCUCUUGGCACGCAUAUCGGAGCUCCUCCCCAAACAGCUUGAGGCUGUUACACCAGAAAAGUAUGAAGUCAAAGGCUCCUUGCAAGAGGCCGCUAUAGUGCUGACUUCCUGCGCAGAGCCCAAGAUGCAAGUGACCAUCACUCUGACAUCACCCGUGGUCCGUGAAGAGAACAUGCGGGAAGGAGAUGUAACCACGGGUUUGGUGAAAGAUCCAGCGGACGUCUUGGACAGGCAAAAAUGCCUUGACGCUCUGGCUGCUCUACGCCACGCUAAGUGGUUCCAGGCCAGAGCCAAUGGUCUGCAGUCCUGUGUGAUCAUCAUCCGUAUCCUGCGUGACCUCUGUCAGCGUGUGCCUACCUGGUCUGCAUUUCCUGCCUGGGCCAUGGAGUUGCUUGUGGAGAAAGCCAUAAGCAGUGCCUCUGUACCACUGAGCCCUGGAGAUGCCCUGAGAAGAGUCUUUGAGUGCAUUGCUUCUGGAAUACUUUUACCAGGAGGUCCUGGGCUCCUGGAUCCAUGUGAGAAGAACCCUGAGGACACACUGGGUGCAAUGUCAGAGCAGCAGAGGGAGGACAUCACAUCGAGCGCUCAGUUUGCCCUGAGGCUGCUGGCGUUCCGGCAAAUUCACAAGGUCCUGGGCAUGGAUCCCCUGCCCCAAAUGAACGGUCGCUUCAGCAUUCGCAACAACCGCAAACGACGGCACGAGAACAACGAUGGGGCCGACAGCUCCGAGGGUGAAGGGAAGAAGGACAAGAAGGACUACGAUGGCUAUUGAGACCUCAGUCACGCUAAUGUUAUAAUGAGGUGCAUAACCUGCCUCCUGUUUCUCCUUCUAGCUAUAAUGUUUUGUUCUUUGUGGUUACCUUAGUGCAAUAUCUGGAGUCUUUUGUCGGUCUCUGCUUGUAACAAUUGACCUCUUAAUCAUAAUUAAGCUAAAGCAGUUUUUUUCUGAAAACCGUACCUCUACUGUACCAUUUUAUUUUCAAACUCACUGUAUUUAACCUAUGGUUCCAGUCUUUUUUCAGCCUAGAUGGAACAGUUUUUUGUAAUAAGCUUGUAAAAAUAGGGACAUUGUGACAAUGGGCUCUUAAGCAUCUUUGGGGGGGGGGGGUGGCAUUUCUGCUAACGUUUAAACUUAACUGUUAUAGGUAUAGAAUAGAAAAGUUAUAGUGUGCUUACUAGUAUUUUUUUUAUU